AUGACGAAACGUGCACUAUCGCUAGACGACCUUGUCAACCAUGACGAAGCUGAUAAAAUUAAACUACAAAAGAUGAGUGAAACCGUCAACACAACACCUAAUAACUCAGUAGAUACCUCUAAUCCAGUACGGAAAACGUCAAUUGGUAUCGCAGAUAUUAACAAUGCAGAAGAUACAGAUCCUAUCACAGGUACCAGUGAGCCUACAAGACGAGAUGAAAAAUUCAACAUGGGACAGAACCGUAACAUAUUAAAUGAUGAACCAGCUAAUAUAACAACACAACUAAAUACUACCGAACCUGUACGAACAGAUUCUGUGCCGUCAAAUUCAAGUGCAGAAGUUUCAGAAGCUACAGAGAAACCUUCUAUAACGCAGCAUGACGAUGAGACUGAUACCGACGAUGAAGUUGGAGGUACAGGGGAAAUAAAUUUUGAUGCCGGAAUGACAUUUGAUUAUGAUAAACAGGAUAACAAUUCUCCACAAAAGCCUCAACCUGUUCGUGCUCCUAAAAUAAAGAAGCAGGAUGACGUGGAAAAGAAGAAAUCUGAAGAUAUUGAAAAGAAGCAACCAAAGUUAAUUACAAAUGAAGUAGUUAAAGAGGAAAAAGAGGAACCAAAAAAGAAAACCAAAAAACCUGUCAAAGAGAAAAAAGGGAAAGACCAACAAGAUUCAGUAUCAAAUAUAUUCGAGGAGAAAAGUUCUAAUGUGUCCAAAAGAAAUAAUAUUAAAAAAGAUUUGGAAGUAUUGAAUGAAAUUUCUGCGGUGUCUAAACCUAACAAAUAUAAAAAUGUUCCUACAUGGGCUAAGAAGUGGAAGCCAUCAAUUAAUGCAUUACAAAGUAUUGACGCGUCUGAUUUUAAGAUCGAUUCAUCUUUCUUAAAUAUUAUUCCCGAUGAUGAUUUGACAAAAUCUGUUCAAGAUUGGGUGUACGCUACCGUUUAUUCUAUCGAACCUGAACUGAGACAAUUUAUCGAGUUGGAAAUGAAAUUCGGUUUGAUCGUGGAGGCUAAAUCACCAGAGCGUGUUUCACCACCUAUUGCAUCUCAGGCUGUCUACACUGAUUUGGAUGCUCAUUUAACACCAAACGUCGAUGAAGUUCUAUUCAAGGAAUUGAACAAAUAUAUUCGUGGUGUAAGUGAGAUGAAUGAAAAUUCAGGAAAAUUCAGUAUUAUUGAAUCACAGACUAAAGAUUCAGUAUAUAGAGUUGGCCUUUCAACGCAGAGACCAAGAUUUCUGAGAAUGAGUAGAGAUAUCCAAACAGGUCGUGUAGGUCAAUUCAUAGAAAAGAGACAUGUUUCACAAAUAUUAUUAUUGUCACCGAAGGAUAGUUACGAUGUGAAAAUAUCUUUAAAUCUCGAAUUGCCUGUACCUGAGAAUGAACCCCCAGAGAAAUAUCAAAAUCAAACCCCAGUCAGUGAAAGAAGUAAAGAUCGUGUAAGUUAUAUCCAUAACGAUUCCUGUACAAGAAUUGAUGUGACAACUGUUCAAAAUCAUAAUCAAGGUGUGAAAGGUAGACAUACCGAGACAUCGCACGAAAUUGAAUUGGAAAUAAAUACACCUGCGCUUCUAAAUGCGUUUGAUAAAAUCAAUGAUGAUAGUAAAGAAUAUGCUUCCGUAAUCAGGACAUUCUUAAAUAACGGUACAAUCAUCCGUAGAAAAUUAACAUCUCUAUCUUACGAUAUUUUUGAGGGUAAUAAAAAAUAA